UUUAAAGACCGUGCCGCGGUCCCACUGCACAAUGGUCGCCAACAGCUGAUUCGUAUAUAAACAAAAAUAAAUAUCGUGCACACUAUUCAGCAAAAUUGCUAUUUAGCUGCAAAAUACGCCUUCGAUGGCGUCUACAACGAAGUGCCGUGUGUGCAUUUGCUCACUCGAUGCAACAGCUGCCAUUUACGAUAUGCGCAAACUACCGAAACUGGAGCACAAGUUUGUCACCUGCACCGAUCUUUCCGUCUCCGAUGAGAUGCGGGUGCCCAGCGAACUAUGUCAAGCUUGUCACGACCAAUUGGAACGUUUGUACGCAUUCCGUGCCAAGUGUAUUGCAGCAGAUACUAAGUGGCGCAUGGAAAUUCUGGCAUUCUGCGAUGAUGAAGAAGUUAAGGAUAGUGGAAAAGAGUUGAGUGCAGAGGUGAAGGAAGUUGCAGCAAAUGAAGCGGAUGAGCCACAUGAAGACAAUACAGAGCAGCAAGCUGAGGCAACAACACCAACACCAAAUAACACUGCUCCCGUUGAGCUGCCUUUGUUGCCACAGUCGAAGACCAUCUUCAAAUGCGACAUCUGCGCCACCCAGUUUUUAGAGGAGCAUCGUCUGCAGGCUCAUAAACGACAACAUGGCCUAAUGCCCUAUCCUUGCCCCGAACCAGGUUGUGAUCGUGGCUACAGCCACAAAAAUACGCUCAGCGUUCACAUGCGCAAAUGCCACAAACUGGGAAAGGAGCACAAAUCCCAUGUUUGCGAGUAUUGCGGCAAAACAUUUGACACGAUGUGGCGUCUCAAGAAUCAUCGCUUCACGCACAAAGACAAAUCAGAGCUGCCCUAUGUCUGCGAGGAUGCGGGUUGCGGUCGCCGCUUCUCCAGUAAACAGCUGCUCAAAGUGCACAUGAUGCGGCAUGCGGGCAUCAAGAAUUACAGAUGCACUUACUGUGGUGUGGAGAAGACAACGCGCACUGAGCUCAAGAUUCACCUGAACUAUCAUACGCUGGAACGCACCUACUGUUGUCGCAUCUGUUCCAAGGUGUGUAACAGUUCCAGCAAUCUGAACUUGCAUAUGCGCACCGUGCAUGAACGCUCCAAGAACUAUCCCUGCACCUAUUGUGAUCGCAUCUUUAAUCAACCGUCGCUGUGCAAGCAACACGAGCUCAUCCACACCGGUGAGAAGCCGCAUGAGUGCGAGAACUGCGGCAGGCAUUUCAGACAGAAAGCGGCACUUCGCACGCAUCGCAAGAUUCACGAGCGACAAAGCAGUGAAUCAGCUCCCAACACGUCGUCACAUGGAGCAGCUGGUGUAUCAGGACCUGCACUAAACCCAUAUGAAUGAGCAAUAAUGGUUAAGUCUAGAGAUUACCCAUUUAAGAUAUAUUACUUUAAGUACUAUUCAAAGAGCGCAUUGUAUUAUUAGAUGCAGGUAAUCUGAACAAACUUGUACUUUUAAAUAUGGCGCUCUUUACAUUACGAUGACAUCGCUGUGAAGCUCUUAUCGAUUAUCGAUAUAUACCUCACAGACUUGUCAGAAAAAAACAACAAACCAUUCGGCAAUUUAUAUUUCAAUGCAAUAAAUUG